AGAGGCUCCUCGCCGGCCACGCCCCCCGGCCUCCCGGGGCCGCGAGCGCGCCGGAGGGGUGGAGCCUUCCUCGUGACCCUUCACCCCAGCAUGGCUGCGCACGUGGGACCAGUGAAGUUCUGGCGACCCGGUACAGAGGGGCCAGGUGUCAGCAUCUCUGAAGAGAGACAAAGUCUAGCGGAAAACUCUGGGACUACCGUUGUUUACAAUCCUUAUGCUGCCCUUUCUAUAGAGCAGCAGAGGCAGAAGCUACCGGUUUUCAAGCUUAGGAAUCAUAUAUUAUACUUGAUAGAAAACUAUCAGACGGUGGUGAUUGUUGGAGAAACAGGAUGUGGGAAAAGCACGCAGAUCCCACAAUACCUUGCAGAAGCUGGCUGGACAGCCGAAGGAAGAGUUGUGGGUGUGACCCAGCCUCGAAGAGUGGCUGCCGUGACAGUUGCAGGGAGAGUAGCUGAGGAAAGAGGUGCGGUGCUGGGCCACGAGGUGGGCUACUGCAUCCGCUUUGAUGACUGCACAGACCCGCUGGCUACAAGAAUUAAGUUUCUGACUGAUGGAAUGCUGGUCAGGGAAAUGAUGGUUGACCCUUUGUUAACAAAAUAUAGUGCCAUUAUGCUGGAUGAAGCCCAUGAGAGGACCUUGUACACCGACAUUGCCAUUGGCUUGUUAAAAAAGAUUCAGAAGAAGCGAGGGGAUCUCCGCUUGAUUGUGGCCUCAGCCACUCUGGAUGCAGAGAAAUUUCGGGAUUUCUUUAAUCAAAAUGAAACCAGUGACCUGACCAGAGAUACAUGCGUGAUUCUUACAGUGGAAGGCCGAACGUUUCCAGUGGAUAUCUUUUAUCUGCAAAGCCCUGUUCCAGAUUAUAUCAAGUCGACUGUGGAAACUGUGGUGAAAAUUCACCAGACAGAGGGCGAUGGAGACAUAUUAGCGUUUCUUACUGGCCAGGAAGAGGUAGAAACUGUUGUGUCUAUGCUGAUAGAGCAGGCUCGAGAGCUGGCUCGUUCUGGAAUGAAGAGACACCUCCGGGUGCUCCCCAUGUAUGCAGGACUGCCUUCCUUUGAGCAAAUGAAAGUGUUUGAACGAGUGUCACGCAGCGUCAGGAAGGUGAUAGUGGCCACCAAUGUGGCAGAAACCUCCAUCACCAUUAGUGGGAUUGUGUAUGUGAUUGACUGCGGCUUCGUGAAACUCCGUGCCUACAACCCCAGGACAGCUAUUGAAUGCUUGGUGGUGGUCCCGGUGUCCCAGGCCUCAGCCAACCAGCGAGCAGGGCGUGGUGGUCGUAACCGCUCAGGAAAAUGUUAUCGACUUUAUACAGAGGAAGCCUUUGACAAGUUGCCUCAAGCCACUGUUCCUGAGAUGCAGCGCAGCAAUUUGGCGCCUGUCAUCCUGCAGCUGAAGGCGCUGGGAAUUGACAACGUCCUCAGGUUCCACUUCAUGUCGCCUCCUCCAGCACAGUCAAUGGUUCAAGCGUUGGAGUUACUCUACGCUCUGGGAGGUCUGGACAAAGACUGUCGGCUCACUGAGCCCCUGGGCAUGAGGAUCGCAGAGUUUCCUUUGAAUCCCAUGUUUGCAAAAAUGCUGCUUGAAUCAGGAAAUUUUGGCUGUUCUCAGGAAAUCCUAAGCAUUGCGGCCAUGAUGCAGAUCCAGAAUGUCUUUGUGAUCCCCCCAAACCAGAAGUCGCAGGCAAUUCGACUACACCGAAAAUUUGCUGUGGAGGAGGGUGAUCAUCUCACUAUGCUCAACGUGUAUGAAGCAUUCAUCAAACACAAUAAGAGCUCUCAGUGGUGUCAGAAACAUUUCCUGAAUUACAAGGGUCUUGUCAGAGCUACAACAGUGCGAGAACAAUUGAAAAAGCUUCUUGUCAAGUUCCAAGUGCCCAAGAAAUCUAGUGAAGGUGAUCCGGAUCCAGUUCUGAGGUGCAUUGUCUCGGGAUUCUUUGCAAAUGCUGCGAGGUUUCAUUCCACUGGAGCUUAUAGGACUACCCGUGACGACCAUGAAUUGCACAUCCAUCCUGCAUCAGUCCUCUAUGCAGAGAAGCCGCCUCGCUGGGUUAUCUACAAUGAAGUCAUACAAACCUCCAAGUAUUAUAUGAGAGAUGUGACUGCUAUUGAGUCUGCUUGGCUGUUGGAGCUGGCUCCACACUUUUAUCAACAAGGAACGCACCUGUCCCUGAAAGCCAAAAGGGCCAAGGUCCAGGACUUGUGAGCAGAGCUCAGCUGCAGCGGGCAGGGGCUGCUUGGUGUCCUCUCCUUCCUGUUGCUGCCCACCUGGCCCCAGGGGUGGGCUGGCAUGGGCUUAUGUGGAACCUUCAGCUGCUCUGAGGUGGGCCUCAGCCUGUCCACUAGCCCCUUCCUUCCCACUCCCCCAGCAUUACCCUCCUCACUGGGAUCCUGGACGAGUUUCUGCAUGGGCAGGCAUCACGCUGCGCCACAGCAGGCGUCAGGGGCGCUGCACCCAGGCAGGUGGGAGUCGGCAGGCCGUGCGCCUUGGCUCACUUAGCACGCUCACUAGCCCAGCAUGCACCUCAGGCAGGCGCACAGCCCUGGCCCAGCUGGAUGGGAAACAAGGAGGAACGUUAGCCACUCACUGAAGGCUGAAGCGGCUUGUGGGAUGGACAGAGAACAGAGGACCUGCUGGGGCCACGGCUUUAUCAGCGCUGCCAGGGGUAAACAAGCCUGGAUUAGGGAAGGGAUGAGACCUUGGAAACACUGGGGAUUUCUGCCAAAAUCACUGAGGAGCGUGUCUGGCAGGCCCAGGGCCUCCCAAACCAAGCUCCUGGUUUUCCUCUGCCGUGUCCCUGUUUCUCCGCAGCCAGGAGGCUUGCCGAGGGAUUGGCGAUGGACAAAGAGAACUGUGCCCUGCUCCUUGUUGGCAAAGGAUUUAUCUCUUUCCCAAGUGGGCUUAGUUUCCUCUCAGUACGAUGCCACAUCCAGCUGCCACUGGCAGAGCACUAGUGAAAGCUUCUCAGCUCAGACCCCAAGGGGUCUUCUUUAGCAGGAAUUCACAGCUGUGUAGAUGGCCUAAACUUCUGUAGCUCAGGAACAGAACCAUUGCGUAUUUGUGUUUUGUUUGUUUAUCUGCUUGGUUUCUUGCAAGAACUCAUGGGGUGGCUGUUCCAGCAGGCACUGGUGUCACCGUUGCCCCCUGGCUUCUUUGCUCUGGAGGCGUUCGCUUUCAGCACAUUGACUGUUACAGACCCUCUCCCCACCCCCUUACGUUUUCAGUGACGUUUAUUUUAAAAACACGUAGCUUGAGAAUUUAUUUUUGUACUGACAUUAGUUUGGAUAUGCCACUUUGGGCACCAAACAUACGUCAUUUUUAUUUUCAUUUUAUAAACAGGUAAAUAAUAGUGAUACCUCGUUAAUAAUAGUAAAACUUUAUACCUAAAAUAAAUGUAUCCCCUCCCAUCCAUGGCUUUUGUGGUCUCUAUUUUAAGAUGGUCCGAUUAAUUGUUCCAAGUGAAGGUCUCCCAGUAGCUAAGAAGCCUGAUGCUGUGGCAUACAGCAGGUGUUGGGGUCACGUGAACCCAGGAAGCCCUAUAAAGCAAGAUUGUGUGACUGAAUAUCCUUGAGACCUUAUUAGCAAACCAUGGUGGAGGGGCUUUUUCAGUGAAGUCCCAAAGAGGAGUUAAUGCGUGCCAGCUUCCCACUGGGAUCUUUCUGUACAGAAGGUGGUAACUUACUGUGUUUGAAGUCUGGCCUUAGGGCCGGUGCCGAUCCUAAUAUGCUUCUUUUGGGGUCAAAGGUGGAAAGGGUGCAGGACCCACACCCUCUGGGGUUUGAGACUGAGAUCCAAACAGUCCACAGGGGAGCAGCCUGGAGCGAGUCCAUCUUUCCUUGUUGCCCUAUCUUUGGGGGCACACCUGUACCCCCUGUGCCACUGCCUCUCUGGGGGCAGCCUUCGCCAGGCUAGGCCUCUGAGCUUUGAAUCCUGUUAGGUGUCACAGCCCAUGAUGGGUGGGAAUGGACCCUCAUUGUCAGAGGCCUGCAACUGCAAUGUCCCAUGUGGCCUUGGCCAAAGGUCCCUUUAGACCUAUGUCAAGAACCACAGAGCCCUGUCAGGGGUGGUGCCCCAGCCAGCUGAACGACAGGAGGCCCCUGCAAGGCCCUGGCUCCUCUCUGAGCCCCCACACAAGACCAGCAGAGCCUGAUGGCCUGGCAACUCACAAGACUUUGUCCCCAAAGUAAUUCCUCAGGAAUCCGUCCCCUUGGGCUCCAUAGUUUUUCAUGUGUUAGUGAAUUUUCCCACUAUACUGCUGUGUCUUCCUUCUGAAGCCAGGAGCUUGGUGAGGGGUGGGGAUGGAGGAGAGUGUGUGCUGGAAAACUCCAGAGGCCCAGAGAUGGGGGUUUCUCACGUGGGUGGCUUACAUAGACCCUGCUGGUUCUCUCCUGCAGCUGGCUUCCCUGUGGGCUAGAUGUUGCCAUUACAGGAGUCCCCUGGCUCAGCCAACCUGGGGCUUCAGUGCUCCUGUUGGUCACCAGGUCUAGUCAGCAGAUGUUUGCUGGACACCUGGGCUUUGUGCACAGCACGGGGGUGGUGUGGAGAUGCGUGCGUUGGGUGAAUGGAUGAGUGGGCCAGGGUGGAGGUAGAAAUACAGACUGCAGAAGCCACAUCCAGCUGUUCGAGGCCAGGGCAGCAUCCAAGAGAGGCUUCCCCACAAUGAGAUGCCUGCCUUGAGGGUGGAGAGACGGGCUCACAUUCCACACUGUCAGUCCCUGCCAGCCAUGCUUUCCACUUUGGCCGUGAACUCAGUUGCACAGUCCCCUGGCUCCACGGUCCUGUGUCGGCACAGCCAGCCACCAUUGCCGUUCUCCCUUCGUGAACUGGGUUUUGCCCUCAGUCUCUGGUUGUUCCCCCAGAAUUCCAUCCCCGCUCUCAACUCUGCUUUUGGGGACCCAGUGCUGACAGCUGGUCGUUAGUCACUUCAUAGCCUGAGCAAGGACUAGAUGGGGAGCUGGGUAGUAGGGGCAGGGGCUGAGGUGCCUAAAUCUGAUGAAGGUGAGAUCCCAUCCUGGAACCACUGGAUCCGACCUCUCGGUGGUGGGCCUGGGGCUCUGUGUUUUUAAAAGUGGCCCCUCCCUCAGUUGACUCUAAUGAUGCCAUAUGCUUGGGAAUCAUUGGUGAAGCAGAUGAAACAGAGAGGGUUGAAACAUACAGACAUCAAGCCCGCGAGGAAGGUGAGCCACCAGCUGGGAGGUUGGGGCUUGCGGGGGAACAUCAGUGAAAACUGUGAAAGCUGAUGCCUUUGUUUUUGCCCAGGUAUGCAAAACAUGUGCUUUAGCGCCCAACGCCAGCCACUUGCCCCCACCCCCUACCCCAGCACUGCUGUUGGUGGUGUUGGAACUCAGCUCCAGGCACGUGGUGGCAGCGAGCACCAACGCUGGCCCACAGGGAGUUUUUUGGAGUCUCCUGCAGAGGUGAAGAACCUGUAAUAAUGAGCAUUCCGUAAACCUUAACUUUAUUCUACGUAAAGGGUCAUCCUUCAGUCUGAGCUUUUUUUGGUGCUAAAAUGUCUUUUCUUUUUAGGAAAUGAUGGCAAAUUAGAUGGUAGUUUUAUAUUUUUAAUGUUUUCCUUGGAAAAAUAAAAUGGGGACAAUCUUACAUGGGUUUUUAGCAGUUGAUGCAAUCCCCAGGUCUGGGAACCACUGGGUUGUGGGAUAAGAGUGGGCCAGCUGGCAACAUCAGCAUGAGAACCAUCCGCUUGGGAAAACACAUCUUAAUUGCCAUGCAACUGAAUUUCAAGUGAGCUUUGGAGCCGCUAGGCAACUACCUGUCUUUAUAUCUCAUUGGAAGGACCCAACUUAGUAGGUCUCAGCCCCCAUAUCCCUUACUUCACUCUAAGAUCAGAUACUUUCCACACCUCCAAUGAGCCAUCUGGAUUUUUCCUCAGUCUUCCAACCUGUGAUGAAACAGGAUGCUGGAACCCUGGGUUUCCUGCCCUUUUAAUCUCUUGUUUCUGAGUCAUUGAAACUGGCAAUAGCCAAUCAAAUCAUUUUACAAAGAGCUGGCCACUUUGGGUGAAUAGCUAGAUGUUAUGUGGCAGGUCUGGAGAAGACUGUGGCCUCAGGGCCUCCGUUGUCAUUGCUCCCUCUGGUGAAUCUCAGAGCUGUUACCUUGGGCACUGUUGGGUGGUAUGGAACUUGUUCAAACAGGUUGCCUCUUGUCUGCUUACGAAGGGCCAAAGAGAUUUCAGUGCAACGUUUCCCUGGCCCUCUGGUUAUCUGUGGCCUCACCUGCCACCUAUAGGUUCUACUGAAGCCUCUGAGCAAGCCAGAGAGGCAGGGAGGGGCACCAGGGAGUGGGUGUGGUGUAGUAGUGGGUGGCCACUGUGGUUCAUACCCAAAGUCUCCAUGGCCAGGUGUAAGGCCCAUUGUUGGCAGCUGCCCAAGGCAUCUGAGGCCUUGUCCAUAGCCCAGGGCAGGCCUAAGACUGAUGGAGUGACUCCAUCUAUGAUCUAAAUGUACUCCAGGCUCCUGUCUCCCUGCUGCUGCUCUUGGCUUCCACAUUGGGACUCCAGGGGCCUGAGAGCAGGACAGGGGAUAAGGACUUUAUGAGUCUGCAUUUAGUUUGCUAAUUUUAGCCUUUUCUCUUGAUGCCCACAUUCUUUGCUUUCUGUUUUAGGCUUAUUCUGAUUUGAAGUGCAAUCUCAGGUUUGCUUAGUAUCUGCUGUUAGUGCCGUUUGCCCUAGUUCUUUGUUCCUUUCUUUUUUAAAAUUGUGUUAUAAGUUUACAAAUCAAGUCAGUCUCUCUUACAAAAACUUACAUACACCUAGCUGUGCACCCCCUAAUGAGACAGCACACUCCUCCUCUCCACCCUGUGUUCCCUAUGUCCAUUCAACCAGCUCCUGUACCCCCUCUGCCUUCUCCUGUCGCCUCCAGACAGAAGCUGCCCACAUAGUCUUAUGUGUGUACUUGAGCCAAGAAGCUCGCUCCUCACCAGUGUCAUUUUCUCUCGUAGUCUAGUCCAACCCUGUCUGAGGAGUUGGCUUUAGGAAUGGUUCCAGUCUUGGGCUAACGGAAGGUGUUUCUUGUUUUUACUUGUGUUUACGUUUGUUCCUUUAAUCUUUACUUCUCUGACCUCUGCGUUAUUUCCCUUUUUACCACGAAGUUUUAAAAGGAAUAAAGAUGUGAGUUUCCUUAUUUUUAUGCUUUUAAAAAGUGCCUUUACUUGAACAUUUAUUUUAACUUUUUUUUUUUAAAGCUCUGCUU